CUGCGGUGACGAUGGUCAUGAAUUCGAGCCCCAUUUCUCCAGAUCUUUGCUGGGCGGGAUGCUGGGCGGGAUGAGGUGACCAUUCUGCUCACACACACACCGGAGCAAUGUCGGUGGUAGCCAAGCUCUCGGACGCUGCGCAGCAGUAUCGGCGAUACAUCGCCAACCCGCGGGAGGCAGAUCUCAGCUUCGCCACAACUCUGCAUGGGACCGUGGGCAGCAAGGACAGCCAACCAUUCCACAAGGUCACCGAGGAUGAAAUCGGUGAGUCCGCAGCGACAGGAGGAGGGAAAGGAGAGAUCUGCUCGGCCAUGGACACACAAUGAUGAGUGAAAUGCAUUCGUUGUGCCUCUCUGUCUGUCUGUCUGUCUGUCUGUGUGCGCAGCUGCUCUCAACGAGAGCCUCUUCAACGAGAGCGACGGCCUGCUUCAGUCCAUCCGUGAGCAGCGCACACGCACUCACACACAUACGGGUGCUCAGUUCAUUCACACGCUUUCUUGUUUGUCCACCCGGCCCACCGACGUGCCGCAGGCCAGAGUUGCGCUGACAAGAGCAAGCCGCUGCCGGAUGCUCGUCUGUAUGGCCUCAACACGUGCGCCAAGUUCAUGUGGCGGUGCGGGAGGGACGCCGGGCUGCAGCACCACAUGCCCGCCAUACUGGUGGGCUGGUGGACGGGGCGGCUGACCAGUGCACUUCCAACAGGCCCUGGCCUGGCCAUCCAGCUCACCUGAUGGAUUGAUGUCCGCUCGUGUGUGUGCAGAGGAGCGGGUUUGGGUUGUUCCAGAAGGACGAGUCGAAGCGCGUCAAGAGGGCGGCGCUGUAUCUCAUGCUCGAGGCCAUCAAGUGCAACGCCAGGUGGGUCUGGGGUUCUGUGGGUGAGUGUGGGUGUCCACGCACAGCCAGACAGCAACAGGUACACGUGUCUUGUCUGGACUGGAUGUGUGUGGUGUUUGGCGGGUGUCAGGUGCGGCAGCCCUCUGAGUGCCCAGGAGAUGGAGAUCGACAAGCACAUCGGCAGACUCAUGGAGGAGCUCAAGUCGUUCAGGACCAAGAUGGGCCCACAGGCACAGGGCGCCCUCUACGUUCUCUUCGGUGCGCAUGGCACAUCACAUCCACACACACCUCUCUCUCACGGACAUUCAACCUGCCUCUGCGCGUGUGUACGUGUGUGUUCAGCUGGCAUGAUCGACCUGUAUGACGAUCACUUCUCGCCCCAGCAGCUGAGGGACAUCGCCAGCACCAUCAAGACGGUACGCACGAGCCCACUCAUGGCUCUUCGUCCACGGCAGGGCAGGCACCAUCCGUGUGUGUCGGUUGUGUGUGUGUGUGUAUCUCUGUGUGUGUGUCUGUGUGUGCAGGUUAUGGAGUCCUCCAUGUCGACUCUCUCCAAGGGUUUCGAGCCGUCGCUUAUCGAAGGUGACUGAAUGUAAUGUCAUCCCACAGAGACACACCCACUGCUCGCCUCCUCGUCUGUGUUCAUCAGGGGUUAUGAAGGGCCUCGAGUCCCUCCUCCACAGGUACCUAUGCUGCCCCCCCCCAGCCCAACACACAGCCACGUGCAUCCGCGCGCACCUCACCGUUCCGUCCGUGUGUUUGUCUGGAUGGGAUGAAGGCACGCCGACGCCUUCUUCCCGGCCGACCAGCCCGACCACAAGGACCGCCAGAGGAUGUACACCUUCAUAGAGGGCACGGCCAACUACGUGCAGGGGUCGGGAGGAUCACUCGCACCCAUGGUCGGCAAGCUAAGCGCGCCACACACAGAUGGAGGCGCGAGAAUCAAUCACCCAUCAUUCUGUGUUGGUGUGCAGAAAGCCGCCAUGUCAGUGUUGCGUCGACACGCCCAGCUGUUCCGCAGCCAGCUGCUGGCCGAGCUGAGGGCGGUGCCGGCAUACCGCAAGAAGCGGCGAAAGGAGAGGCUGGCGGCGCGGGAGGCUGCCAAGGAGGCCAGCGGGGGUGAGGCUGCUGCGGCGGCCGAGGGACAGCCGGCGGAUGAUGACGACGAGGACGACGCCAAAGACAGCACCAUCAUAUUCGGUAAGGACCGAUGCGAUGCGGGAAGAGCGAAUGACAGCGCAUCCAUCCGACCACGCCUAUCUAUCGCUGCUGGCUGUUGCUGUGUGGCAGACAAGCUGCUGACUGGAGCGGCACAUAACAAUUCGGUAAGCAAGUGACGGACACCCCCAUCGCCACCAGACACGUAUACUGUCCUCCGUUCUCCUGUCUGUCUGUCUGCAUCAGUUGUAUGCCUUCGCAUGUCGCGAGUGUCUAGAGGACAUUCUCCGCGACAUCUCCCGCUACCUGUCCGACCUCAUGGACCACCAGCCCAAACCUGACGACACCGAGAUCAAAGACGAGGAGGAGCACGGAGAGGCCGGCGCUGAGCACACGGGGGGGGCGGGUCGCAAGCGGAGGAUCAAGCAGGAGGAAGAGGAGGAGAAGAUCGCAGCGCCCACACAGUCACAACUCGCCCUGUAAGCUCGCUCCACCGGCCAGGGUGCGUAUGGCAAGGCGGUCGGUGGGAUGGGUUGGCUGUGUGUGCGGGUGAUGCAGGUCGGUGAAGGGCGUGAAGGCCUUGGCGCGGGGCUACAGGGGCCGGCUGACCAGGUGCCACGAGCUGCUCGGCGAACAGGGACAGCUUCUGCCAGGUCAGUCCCUCGGCUUCUCUGCACCAGUGCCUUCCCUGUGUAUGUGUGUCUUGGUGCAGAGAAGCACCUCAAGACGACGUUGAACUCUUGCAUGGCGAUUGGUCUGCUGGCGCCGGUGCUUGUUCGGGCGGACGGCACCGACUGGGCCAUACAGGCGCUGCACCAAAUACUCGACCUCAUCCACGCGUAGGCGCGAUGAACGGAUGGAUGGACGAAGUGUCUGUGUACGUGUGUGACAUACCGGUGUGUCUGUCUGUCUGGCUGUUGAUGUGUUGUAGGUUGGAGCCCAAGCAGCCAGACACCGUGGCCAUGGUGAGACUUGCGCCGCGAACGCGAACACCACAGCAAUACCUCUGUGUCAUCUCUUUCUUGGGUGCAGUACUUGCCUGGGUUCAUCAAGGCCAUGUCCACUCUCUUGCGGCCACUCACAUCAGUACGUUUGGGCCCAGCAAGCACCAGUAGUGUCAUGCCCAGCCAAGGACAUGUGGACACGUGUUGCUGUGUGGCAGGUGAUUGAGGGCUCCACGUGGGGCCGCGUUGUGCAUGGGGUGGGCGGCCUCUUCACCUGCUUCCACGCCACUUACACUAAGGCACGGCCACGGUUCGCAGAGGCCGUCAUAGAAUUCACACACACUCUGGUAGACCGCCACACACACACACACACACACUCCGUGCAUCCAUCGUCUCUCUGCCGCUUUGUGUGUGUCAGCUGGAUACCGAGGAGCGUUCGCAGCCUGAGUCCCAGUUCAAUGCAGAGGAGUGGCUCGACACACUCAUACAGAGAGGUAGGUCACAGCGUGGCAGCAGCAGCAGCAGCAGCAGGAGAGCCGGCGGCACCACAUGCGGCUCAUGUCCAUAUCAGGCGUGAUGGCGACUGUCGUGGCUGCUCCCGAUGCGCCCAACGAGCUGUCCCCGCUGCUCCGCUUCUGGCAGAUCCUCUUCAAGAACCUCGACGAGGCCAUCGCAAACGAAUACAGAAAGCAGCGGGGCGCCGCCAAGGACGACACCGACGUCAAGAUGGAGGACGGUGACCAUGACGACCAUGACAACGACAUGGACGCCUCCCCCGUCAGCCGCCCACCACCAUCCGCACAGCAGCAGCAGCAGCGGCAAGAGGAGGAACAAGAAAUCGCCCCUGAGGACCGUGAAGAGGAGCUGGAUCUGGGCCUGGGUGGAGGGGGGGGCACGGGCGAAGCGGGGCAGGACGACGAGGGGCCGCCGAGCGCGGCAGAGGGGGACGGCGAGGGAGAUGGAGGUGAAGAUAGGGAGCAGGAGGCCCUGGCUCUCAUCCCUUCGGCGUCGGCAGCCGACCUCACCCUCAAGGAGCGGAAAAGAGUUCGGGCGCUGCUGGCCGAGUCGCUGCUCAAGACCUGCCUGGCGGUGAGCCGUAUGAGUUUUACCAACCAGAUCGCCUUGGUGGAGGACCGCCGCACGGCCGAGCAGUUCAUCACCGAGACGUCACGGCGGGGCCGCAGGGUGGCGGAGGGGCGGCAGGAGAGCCCUGAUGGUGGGAUGACAUCUCGGCAGGCGCUUGUGGACAUCGGCAUUCUCAACGAACAGGCAGCCGCCACCUCACUUAUGGUGGGCAGAAAGAAGGGGUGACGCGUCUGUCUGUUCUGGCGAGGGGGUGGUGUCUGUGGUGUGGGGUGUUGUGGUGUAGGUGGGUCAUCUGGCCAUGUUGAUUGAGGGCGUCUUCAUUGACAGGACACACUACCUCAUCCCGUGGUUCGAAGCCAUAUCUCCAUCCAUCCAUCCAUCCGUCCAUCCCCAUGUGUGCAUGUGUGGUUUGUGCGUCUGUGUCAGGGUAGAGCAGUAUGUUCGGCUGAGCUAUAAGUAUCUGGAGGGCAUUGCAUUCACCGACUCCCUCCCGCCACUCGGCCUCUUCACCAUGCUGCACUGCCUCAUGCGGCCUCUCGCCAACCACAUCAACCAGUACCCACCAGAGAAGGACAAGGUCUUCCCGCUCGCCGUCCGGGCCUACCUGGGGAGCUUCCUGGCGUCGGUGGUCGAGUGGGCGCCCCAGUAUGAGAACGAGCUGCUGUGUGAGGCGCUGCGGAUGGUGCUGGCCGCGCCUCUCACUCUGCUGCCCACACAGAAAUGGGUCGACCUGGGUGCGCUGGGCAAUGGGUGGAGGGACGGAGAUGUAUAUUCCUGGUGCUAUUUGUGAGCUGUGGUGUCUGUCGUGAUAUGGGUCAGUGUGUCGCGCUUUGGAGGAGGGUCUGACGUACCGCCCCCUGGCUGAGCUCGUCCUCAGCUCCCUGCAGACAUGGAAAGACACCAAGUAAGUACGCCGCUCUGGCGGGGAGGGAGAGUCUCAUAGAUGUGCAUUGUAUCUGGUGUGCCUGCCUGCGCGUGUUGUGUUGGUGUCAGGUCGGAUUUCCUCAGUCGUGGUGAGCUGCAGGUGAUCCUGCCAUGCUUCUCCCCUUACCUGCGCGAGGAGACCAGACAAGGUCAGCAACCAUUGUGUUCUUGGCGACCCUCUCACUCCCUCCCUCCCUCCCUCCCUCUCUCUCUCCGUGUGUGGGUGGGUGGUUUCUUUGAUGGCUCAGAUGCUGACUUGGAGGGCCAGGUGACGACAGCCGAGUUCCAGCGCGCCGAGCAGGAGCGCCAGAAACAGCAGGCAAAGAAGAAAGGACGACAAAACGAGGAAGGUAUAUAACACGACGCACACCAACACACCAAUACACCAUCACACACGGGCUCCCUCCCUUGCAAACAUGCAGCCUUCGAGUUGCGCCUUGUCCGUUUCCUGGGGGACCUGGGCGGCGAUGCCCACUGGCUGGUGCCGUCGCAGGGGGGCCGGCACACGCUGCCCAAGCUGACCCAUCCGUCAGGUCUGGAGGGAGACUGCAAGGAGCUGCAGGUGCCACUUCACCUCAAGAGCCACCAGGUCAAGGUCCCCAUCGAAUACCUUCUCCAGAGGGCUGCAGAGGUCAGUCAGUCAGUCAGUCAGUCAGUCAGAAGACAGGCAGGCGACUGACUGACCAGCAAUGGAAUGGACCCAGCCGUCGACUCGACCCUAGCUAGUGUUUGUGUGCAGGUUGCUGAGGGUGCGAGCGACCGUCAGCUGCGUGCGUCUGCGACUGAGUUGGUGCAUGCCCUGACGCACUACUUCAUCGGCAAGAUGAACCGCGAGCAGGACCAGGACAGGCUGGCCAAGCGGGAGGAGGCCAUCUACCGAACCAUCUUCCCGUGCAUACUCAGGUCACACACACAGAAACACACAUAGGCAGACAGACAAGCAGCCGCCCGGCCGACGGCUGCCUGCACUUGUCAGAGCGUGUGUGUUUGGCGUGUGGUGGUGUGCAGGUUGGGAUGCUCUGCCGACGCCGCUCCGCGGAAUGUGAUAGGCGACCUGCCCCUGCAGAUUGUCCGCCGAAUCGUCAUGGUGGCAUCUACCAGGCACAAAGCGCGGGUGGGCAGCACACACACACCCACACAGAGCAGCAGCCGACAUGAAGAUCGCGGGUGUGACAAUCAUGGUAUGCAGAACUUGGUGGCGCUGCGAGAGUGUCUGACAGAGGUGCUGGGCCACCCGACCAACGCCGGACUGCGUCGCCUGGGUGCCCGGUGCUACGGGGAGAUGGUCAAGUACAUGACUCGGCACACCGACGGGGACAUCGAGAUCCGCCUCAACACUCUCAACGACUCCAUGCAGCAGCUCAUGUCGCUCAUGGGUGGGUCGGUCGGUACACAGACAUACACACACGACACGGAAGGAGAGAGGCUGGACGGCGGGCCAUGUGUGUGUGUGGGCACUCAGCCCAUCCUGAUCCGUUUCGUCGUCUCGGUGCGCUUGAAACGCUCGAGUACCUGCUGCCCUCCAUUGAGAAGCGAAAAGACAUGGUCAAGACGGCACACACACACAUUCACACAGACACAGAGCAUCCCUCCCUGAGUUGUCAGUCAUGUGUGUCGUCCAUCCAUCCAUCCAUCAGAUGUUGCUGUACGGCUUGGAGCUCUUCUACCGUGUGGUCAACUGCCUGGUUCUCGCUCACCAGCCCUUCCACCGAGGCAAGAAGACCCCAGGCGCCACCACCUCCUUCACGCUCACCCUCACCGCCCCCAAGGUGGCCGCACUGGGCCGCCGACUGCUCACUCUCAAGAACACCGGCCUGCUGGACAUGUCGGAGCACCUCGACCGCGACCGCACCGCCAAGGAGCUGAUGGAGAUCCUCAAGAAGUCCCCGCAGACCUUGCCGUGGCGGGAGGAUGUCGUCACUUCGUCGCGGCGGGUGUUCAAGUCGCUUGGUGAGAUGGCAGCAUGGCUGUGGCAGCAGUGCAUGGCGGCCCCCGAGGCCGUCUCACGCGCAUUCUUCUGCCGCACGCUCGAGGACCUCUACGGCACUCCCUCUUCCCUCCCGUCCGCCUCGACAUCCCUGCUGUCAUUCCUCGACUCCAACGCCCUCAAGCGUGCCCUCCAGGAGCACCACGCCACCCUUCUACAGUGCACGGCAGAUUCUGACCAGGACGACCCGGCGGUCGAGCAGGCCCUGCGCGAGCUGACAUCGCUGCUGCACGCCUUGGCAUGGCUGUGCGACAGGGAUGUGAUUGAGCACUUCGGCAUCUCCGGGACGUUCGACCGCGCUGCCGUCAUCCCGCAGGUCCGCCACCUGCUGCUGAGUGUGAUCCGGCGUGACAGUCGUGCAGCGAUGCCUGGAGGCGGCAAGGGUAUGGCGAGUGCUCGCCAGGGGUUCUGGGUGGGUGUGGUGAUGCUGAUGCGGCAGGACCUGCCACUCGACGGCAGGUCGCCCAUCGCUAUCAUGCCCUGGACCGGAGAGGGUACGCUGAACACGCCGGCAGACCACGCAGAAUGGGCUCAUCUGGUGUGUCUGUAUUCCUUCCUUUGUAGCUACGGUGAGUGACGUAGAUCGCCUGUUGGGUGUUUUGGUGACGGCCAUGAUGGCGCCGGCAGAGCUGGGGUUCCCGGCGUAAGGGACGAGAGAGAGACCACACCGCACCGGUGGACACACCUGUACAGCGCACUGCCGUGUUUCUUUUGUUUUCUCCUGCAGGAGUGGCAGGGAGCGUGACGUCCUCCUGCGUGUAUGCCGCGGUUUCUUCAAGCGGUACCUGGCCGACAAGGAUGGCCGCAGCUUCAAUGACAUCCUGCAGAAAUGGUCAGAGCGACGAUCGACGCUCACGGGAGGGAGACAAACAGGCAUACAUACGACGGACGGUGUGCUGCCAUGUGUGUCUUAUUGUCUUAAGGUAUGCGGAUCAUCCCUCGUCCGACCUUUUGCGGCUUGUGCGUCAACAGGGCCUCGACAACACCAUGGACGCCGAUGCUCCGCCAGACUCACCACUCUUCGACGACUUCCUCAAACAGCUCGCCGCCGCCGGACAGACGACGGACACCACAGCCACAGCAGCUGUGCUCUCCUUCGUCGGCCUGGAGGAGUUUGAGCACUACAUCGAUGCACUCGAGGCCAUCCAGCACGCCAAGGGCCAUCUCUACGAUUCACAAGAGGACAGGCCCCUCGUGCAGGCGGCCCUGCGGCACGCGUCCAGCACACUGGAGAAGCUGGUCCACCGGAAGGGCGACACAAGCACGUCGUCGUCCGCCACAGCCCUGGGUGGCCGCUUCCGCAUCGACCGGUACAUGGAGUGUCUGUACCGAUUCAUCCUGCUGUUCAUCAAGGACCCGACAGAGGCCGACACAAUGACGGAUGAGGCAGCGUCGAGCGGCGGGUGGGUCGUGGAUCGCGACGAGGGCAUGGGCAUGUUGCUGCAGCUGAGUCAGCUGCCGUCUGCUCGUGUGCGGUGGGAUGCGCGGCGGCGGUGGCUCGAGGAGGUGCGACGCGACCCCAGACGGGCCUUCGAUCUCUGGGCCGCCAAGGGCGGACAGCCACGCGUGAGUCGAGUCAACUCACCGCCACUUCACUUACAGCCCGCAAACAGACAGAGCGUGUGUGUGUGUGUGUUUUCAUGUGGACAGGCAUUUCUGAAGGUGUUGCGCGACAUGGUCAAGCUGGCGUGCCAUGUGACAAUCCCUGACGCCAAGAUCGCCCCUCCCCCACGUGCCAAUGAGGACUUCAUCAUUCCAUCGGCCACGAGCCACCCCGACUGGUCGGUGGGCUUGGCCUGGCUGCUCAUCGAGGGGCUGCCCGCGCUCAAGCCCUAUGUGGAGAGAUGCACCAGCGAAGAUCUGGACAAGCCGCAAGAGGCCACACCGCCGGAGCGCAAACGCAUCAAGGUGGGCGAAGCAGAGCGGGUGGUGUGAUGGGACCUGCAUGACCCGAUUUGUGAUAUCGUGUGGUUCUGUGCUGUGCUGUGCUGUGCUGUGUUGCGUGUCAGAGGGAAGAAGACGCUGAGGAGCCACCGAGCCAGGCCGAGUCAGCCAAGGAGAGCCCCCCGUUCCGGCCAUGCCGCGACUUCCUCCCGCUCAUCGCUGCCAUCCUCAAUGCGGCUGCCGAUUGCCCUGUGCUCUUGACUGCAUUCGCCGCCAAGUAGGCCAACAGAGACCAGCACAGGCGGACCAAGUGGUGGGUGGGUGACAUGUGAAUGGUCUGUCCCAUGUCUGUCAGUGAGGGUCUGUUGGAGUGGGUCAUAUCGUUCAUGGAUCGUGUGGUCGGCUCGGGCGCACAUGUGGGGCUGUCGACGCGCUCCCUCAUUGUCAAGGCCAUACCCACACUGAUAUUCCGGUAGGUGGGAUUGUGGGCAGCAACGACACACACACAGAGAGGUGUGUAUAUGACGCGUUGCGUUAUUGCCUUUCUCUCCAUUGGUGCUGUGCUUGCAGAAUUCACCUGGUGGGAAUAGAGCUGUCUGAGCGCCUGCCGGCCGAUGGCAUCGACACCAGCGGCAGUGGGCUGGGUGCAUCCCUCCGUCGGUGGGCGUCAGGAGUGUCAUCCGACCGCCUCGCUGAUGUCGUGAAAUCGAUGAUCGAGCGGCUGGGCGACCAGCUGCGUUUCCCAAUCAGGGUGAGAGAUCGAGGCAGCACGACACGCCGCGACGAACGAUGCACCUUCUCCCUUGCUGUGUCCUCUCAGUCCGACGAGAUCCCCACUGUCGAGGAGGAUCGUGCCUUCCAGGCCCUCCUGGGCGCCCUCUUCACGGCCAACAAGCUCUCCCUCCACCUCCCCGCCACCAUGUCCUUCGCAUUCAUCCCCUCCACCCGAGCACCCCCCUCGCCCCCCACCCUCCCUCCCCGGCUACUGCUCUCUCUCGUGCAGGUCUUUCUCCGCGAGAGGAAGCCGGAAAGGGGCACCAGCAGGGGCGGGAGGCGGUCCAACCGGUCGGCUUACUACGAGCGCUUCGAUCAGUUCCUGCGGGGGUACAUCUUCAUGGCCGCGAAGUCUGAGCGGAUGGCGAGGGCGGUGUUUGACCACUGCUGGAAGGCGUUCGAAGCUCAGAGUCCCUACAAGAUGGCCAACGGCAGGCCGGAGAGCGUGUGCAUUGAGCUGAUGGAGAAGAUUGCACUGCCGCUGCUCUGGGAGCUGCCGACGUCGCUCAACAAGGUGACGUUCUCACAGCAUACACACCAACAGAUGGAUGCACUCUCCGCUCCCUUGGUUGCGACCAGAGUUUGUGGGUGUCGUAUUGGCGGUCGAUGGAGCGGUGGCUGCCGAUGCAGGACAAGGACGAGAAGCUGCCGGGUGCAAUCGAGCCGGAGAAGUACACCAUGCACGUCUGGAGCCGAUCCGUGGUGCUCGGCAUCAUGGAACUACUCUUCUGUCGGAUACCACAAGAGGUCAGUCAUCGCACCGCGCCAGGCCGCUCGACAGCAACACCACACACACACACACAGUGGGUGGGUUGUCCCUCAGAGCAUCCGCCGCGACGUGGGCGAAGAGAUCGCCAGGAGGACUCAGGGGGCGGUGGACAAGAUCCACAAGCACGUCAUUAAGGCCGCCAGCAGGGCCCGCAAGUACCAGCCACCCACGGGGCUCAGAAUCGACGAAGAGAUACUCCACAGGUAAGUGUGUAAGCAGACCAGACGACACACAGACACACGAGGCGCCACACAGAAACACGGGGCGCACCUUGUGUGCUUGUUGUGUGAAUCCAUAUGUAUCAAUCAGGCUACACAUCCGUGCGCAGGGGUGUCUGACGGCCGCGAUAUGCGCCACUCAGGACGACGAGAAGACCUACGGCAAUAUCCUCAAGAAUGCGCCGUGGGCCCACCUCAUCGGCAGAUACGACAUCAACGACCUGCAGUGGACCAAAGACAGGUCAGCCAACCAACCACACGCACACUCACACACACAGAUGGAUGGAUGGAUGGUUCUCCUUCUGCAGGCGUCCAUUCACUGUCGACACGAACUUCGAGGAGGUGCAGCGACUGGGCUACACCUUCCAGCCCUACCCCGUGGUGGCUAAGGGUAAGGGUGUGUCAGCCAGCCGCAACAAGGCCGUCAAGUUCAUCAGGGGACUCGACGAGGCCGCCAUGGGAGCAAUGGAACCAGGUAGCACACAGAAAGUGGGGAGGCAAAGGUGGAUACUCUGUCGACAGAGGCUCGUGUCUAUGUCGUUCCUUCCUCAGGAGGCGGUAGUGCCCAGUUCUUCCUUGAUCAGGAAGCCGGCAGCAUUACCCAGUCGUCCAUAUUCGGCGCCCCCACCUCUCUGCGCCCAUCGAUGGCUUCCCAGCGACCGCCAUACCUGGCCUCCCUCCCCGGCAGCCAGAACCUCCUCAUGACGGCCGCCCGACAGACAGCCGAGCAGUCGCUCAAGUCAUCGAUGCUCUCGCAGGUCAAGUCGUUUGCACAAGACAAGGACAGGACGGCCUCGCAGAAGUCGCUGCUGGCCUCACUGUCGACCUUGACGAGCGCUGCGGGCGGCGGGGGCCGCGAGGGGCCGGCUGAGAGGGGCGGGGGGGAGGCAGCUGGGCGGGCUUGGGUGCUGCCGAUGAGUCAGAGUGACGGCGAUGCGCGGAUGUGGCCUGGGUGGGAGGGGGAGGUGCCCGUCGACCCCAAGACACUGGCGGUGCAGGGGCUGAUGCUGGGCAAGGCCUUCCAGGGCAGCGCCGCAUCGCCCGCUGGAGGCGAUGCCGAGCACUCCAUCGACUGGAGGAAGGUCAGCCAACAUCACAUCACAUCACCAAUGGCCGGACGACAUUGAUGUGUUGUGUGUGCUGUGUUUGUUCUGUGUGUAGGAUUGGAUCGACAGGGACUGGCUGUACGAGUGGCCCAUUGUGCCCCUGCUCCUCAAGACCAUCGACGUCAUGCAGGUGCGCUUCGGAGCACAGUGGGUGCCCCCGCCACCACCGGCACCUCAACAGCUCCCGGCAGCAGCAGCACCUGCGGCAGCAGCAGCACCUGCGGCAGCAGCAGCAGCCAACCAGGGCAAGAAGGAAGAGCCCAUCGAGCCAUACAAGGCCGAGCAGCUGCCCAACUCCCUGCGGUCGCUGAUCGAUGCCGCCACGAGCCACAACGCUGACUUUGGUCUCAAGCUGGUGCUGCUGCGGCUCAUCGUGGCCAGACAAGAGGUGUGAGGAGAGAGACGGGCUCGGCUGGGUGGCUGGGUAGGAUGUGGCAUCGCAUCUGUGUAUGUGUGUUUGACUGACAGUUCUUCAGGCCGUUUGCCGGCCACCUGGUGUCGUUUAUGUGCCUGACAUGCCUCGACGAGAGGUUCGACGCAAAGAUGAAAUUCCACUACUUCUUCAGGUACACACACACACACACACACACACGUACGUGUGUCAAUCAUCGCGCUCCUCUGUGUGUCGGGUUGUCUCCACUGCCCACAGGGACGUGUGUGAGGUGCUGGUGUCGUGGCGAGGGUACCCCUCCCACCGGCAGCAACAGGACCACGCCAAUGGCCUGCUGCAGCAGAUAUGCCGAGUCGCCGCACACCCCAAGCCCUUCUGGAUGAGACUCCACAUGUGGAUCAUCCGCUACCUCGUGGAGCAGUGGCGGUCCUUCAUCAAACCCGACAGCGCCACCAUCCUCAAGCUCCUGUGGCACACCAAGAGUGUCCCUCUGGAGCACAUCGCCGCUUACCGCCUCGCCGGUCUGCACAUCAGUGCCAUCUAUGUGGAACACGGCAACACGGACCCCACCGAACACCUCGCAGCCUCCGAGGGCGGCAAGAGCAGCAAAACCCUCUUCUACGAGGCCCUCGUCCGUAGCAUGGCCGUCGCCAAGAGGCCCCUGUCGAUGAAGGCCGCCGACGUGAUCGGCACCGUCCUCAAGCACUUCCCUGACGACGAGCUCGAGAGCCUGACGUACACUGCGCUCGAGAAGCUGUACCGCUGCACACCUCCGGUGAUCGCCAACAGGGGUGGCAACCAGCCGAAGAACAACAUCACCUACUGGGCCGGCAACGGCCCGCCCGCCAAGCCGACGCCGACGGAGAAGUCCAGCAGCAUGCUGGCGUGGGCAUGGUGCCUCGAGUUCAUCACGGACAACUAUCCCCUGCUGCUGGUCGGUCCGCCAGGGUCUCAGGCGCGGAAGCUCUUCAAUCGUGUGAUGCAGGAGACCACCAACCCCCCUGGCGGGUCGCGUAAUGGUUCGGGGGUGCAGAAGAUGCUGGUGCAGACGUGGGUGCACGUGAGCGAGAUGAAGGUGGAGCAGCACGAGGAGGCGGGCAAGCAGAUCGCGCGCUUCAGCAGGGCGGCUGCUGACGAGAUGGGCGAGAGGGAGCCGUACGAGCGGAUGCAGCAGUGGCUGGAGGAGAGCAUGGGCGAUCUCAUGAUACAGCUCAGCUCGUACCAGGGAUGGGCUACCCUUCUGGCCAACAAGUGAGUGGCGCGCCAGCCGACACACUACUGCACUCACGCAGCCCAUCCGUCUCUCUCUCCAUGUGUGUGUUCACUCCCUCUCACAGGGAGUGUUCGAUAAAGGUGGCGGCCGGGCAGCUGUUCAAGGCGUCGAUGGCACGCGUGAGGAAGCGGGACAUGGAGAGAGAGACCGACGCCUUCUCCACGGCACUGGCGGUCAUCGCGCAGGAAUUCCCAGACCCCAAGACCGCCGACGACGGCUGCCGAUCGGCCUGCCGCGGCCUCUUCAUCGACAUAGCCACUUUCGCCAUACAACACAACCCCAUUUACAUCGUAAGUGACCACACCACAGCACCAGACCACACGAGACCUAUUGAUUUGAUGGUACGGAUGCGCCGUUCGUUCGUUCGUCAGGACUCUGAUGAGGAGAUGGUGAGUCCCGUGGAGCAGAGCAUCGUCUACCACUGCAUCCGGCUGCUCUCCACUGGCACGCCCGACGACCGCAAGGCCCUCCUGGGUCUGCUGGACCACCCCCCCUACCUCGACAGCACCAUGCGCCCAGACCCCGACGCACGCCACCGGCUCUCGCGCCUAUUCCGUCUCUUCCAGGCCACCACUGGACCAGAAGGCCGGGUGCUGCCGCAAGACCUCCUGCAGACCACCCUCAACCUGCUGCUCUAUGACGCCCAGCAGGAGCCGAGCUACGACGACCCAAAGGGCAUCUUUGACUACCCUCUCGACGCCAGCAAGAGGUAUCGAGAGCGGCCCGUGACGCCCUACUGGUCGGCCUCAUCCAUCGGCACACAGGGGGCGGCCCUUGGCGGGCGGGGCGGCGGGAGCCACAGCUCGUCGUCAUUCGUGUCGCCCCUCCUCCUUGCAACACUUGAGGAGAGCGGCUCUGUCGGGGAGCGGGACGCCACCUCCCAGUGCAUAAUCGACAUCCUCACCGGCAGUCUGGCCGUCUCUGACCAGCCUGAGGUCAAGCGGGAGGCCCCCAGCUCCCAGGCGUCCCAGGGCGACCGGCACGGCACGCUCUCAUUGACCGGCCGGGCGGGAUCGGUGGCCACGCCCCCGUAUGACAUUCAGCGGCUCAUCGGCAGGUCACAGGGGGGCAGCGGCAGCCAGGGAGGGGGGGAAGGUGCGGUGGGUGGUGGUGUGGGCAUGACUGUCAAGCAUACUCGGCACCACACGGGGACGGAGCAGCAGAGUGAGGCGGCUCGUCAAUUCGGUGAGCGGCGGAAGCGGCUGGCGUUUGAGCAGGUUGAGAGGCAGAGGGACGUCAAGCAGAAGAAGGUCAAGAUACUCCGCAAGUACCGCGAGGGCGAGCUGCCUGACGUCCAGAUUCGCAAGAGGGACCUCAUCGAGCCGCUGCUCUCCAGCUGUGCAGACCCGCCACUCGCAUCCGAACUCAUGAAAGGUGCGCAAGGCAGCCGGGGGGGCGCACGUGUACUUCUGCGAGAAGGCUCACCUGUCUGUCUGUUUGCCUGUGUUUGUUGUGCAUAGGCGUGUUUGUGAAUCUGUUCAAUCAGUCGACGGCCGACAAGGGUAUGCUGCUGAUCCACGCCUUCCAGUGUCUGCUCAACUCCACCGCACGGGCCCUCUCGUCCCCCUCGGCCUCCACCCCAUCCCUCACCACGUUCCUGCACCGACUCCUCCUCGCCCUGCCGUCAAUGCUCUCGCAAUCCCCAGACCCACACAGCCUGCUCGACACCCUACAAGCGGGCGCCCUGGUCUCGCUCAACUGGAUGUCUGCCGCCCUCAUCAUGGAGCAGCACAUCUCACACAAGGCCCAACAGGGAGACGUCAUCGCGAUGGCGCGCGGCGGGCUGCCCAUGAUGGGCGUGUGUGUGUCGGCGGAUGACCGGCCCGUCAUGAGGCAGCUGUACUACCUCUACGGUCUGCUGCAGGAGCGGUACAUGCAGCGGGGGGCGCUGGACCUGCUCAGCAUCAACAAGCAGGUGGACGCCAAGCUCAUGAAGGGCCUAGAGCAGGUGGCACGGCAGGAGUACAAGGCCGCCAAGGCCACAAUGAGGGAGCUGGACGCGUCGGGGUCACUGGCCGAUUGGGAGAGGGGGCUGUGGGAGGAGGGCAAGGUGCAGGCCCUCACCGGGCUGAGGGAGUGGGGCAACAUCGCCACACAACAGCGAUUAGAAGCGGGUCUGAGCUUCGAGAAUGUCGGCGACAUUUCCCUGCUGUCGGACACAGAGACGGCCGAUCUCGCCCUCCGCCUCAGCAACGCGGCCCCCGUCCUGCGGGCCGUCGUGCAGAUCACCGUCGAAGAGCCCAAGUACGCCGACAACGAGUUUUUUGCCGUCACACUGCGGAAGCUCAUCGAGUAAGCAAAGGCUGAGGGGUGUCGGGAUGGGGCGAGAUGAAUAUUGUCCUGUGGUAUCCCUCCCUGUUUAUUUGCUACAGGCAGAUGACGGGCUCCUCGUCUGGUGCCACGAUGAAGCUGUCGGGUGCGGCUCCGUGUGACAUGUUCCACCUGCUGGCUGCUCACGCCACGCUUCAGGCCGACUACGACAAGGCGCAGCAGGUGCUGCUGCACGGCUACACGACCGUCCAGCAGCUGUGGACACGCCUCUCGCCGCUCGCACUCCCCGCCCACCACUCGCUGGUCAGCAGCAUCGCCCUCCUGCGUGAGCUGGAGCACUUUCUCCACUUCAUGACGGGCAAGAGCGUCCCCGGCACCAAGGUCGUCAAGGUGGACCACCCUGGGCAGGUCGACAGAGGGGUGCAGUGCCUCGAGUGGCUGGAGCAGCGGUGUGACGCCACCAGCCUCUCCUUCACCUUCGACCCCUUCGUCGCAUGGGCCGAUAUGGGCAUGCUCCGCUGCUUGGGGGUGCAAUACCACAAUGGCGUCGUCACUGGCAAGGGGCUGCCGGAGGGGCAGAGGGUGGUGGACCUCGACGAGCGGCAGAAAAAGAUGACGGCCCGCAUCCACUUUAGUGUGGGGUCGGCCGCUCGCAAGCUGGGCAACCUGGAGGGCGCGAAGGCGCUGAUGGCCAAAUCGUUAAGCAUUCACAAGGACAAUAGCAACCCGCUGAUGCCCAAGGAGACCAUCAAGACCUUGCUCAAGGAGGCAGACCUCCAGGAGGACCUCGCCAAAGUGGCACAGGUGAGUGAGUGAUGGGAGACUGACCAGCAAGACGCGCAAGCCGCCUGCUCGUCUGUCUCCCCUGCCAUGCAUUAUGUGUGUGUGCGCUGUGCCCUGUGUUGUUUGUCAUCAGUGCCUGACGAAGGUCGCGGGCGGUAUCGCCAACAAUGACCCCACCACACACCCCGAGCUCCACACGGCUUUCCGCCUUAUCAAGCUGCGCUGCCUGCUCACCCAGAACUCCAUCAACAUCCGACGGGAUUCGAUGCCCGAGGACCCCCGACCCCUCUGGCAAGACCUCGUGGACACGGCCAAAUUCCAGCUAAUCAGGACAGACGGCGGCCACACCGACACACAGGCCAUGAUCGACCUCCAGGAUGCUGCCAGCCCAGGUCAGUCCGGUACGAAGCUCCACGGCGCCGCGAGCUGUGCCAAGGCCCUGCUGCAGCUGGCGGACGGAGCGGAUCAGCUGCUGCGGCACUAUGAAGAGAGGGAGGUGGUCGAGGGGCCAUGGACGGCCGACGCCCGGAAGGCACAGACCUUCUGUGUCCUCAAGCUGCUGCACGGCGGGGAGGGGGUCGGCUCCCGCAGAUUCGAGCGGGCACAUGCGCAGCUGCCCCGUCUGCUGGAGAUGCUCGCGACGCAUGGCAGCGAUGUGUCGGACAUAUGGGCGCAUUUCCGUCCCUUGCUGCCGGUGCAUCUCUAUCUGGGUUGGCUCAACCAGCUGCUGAGCUGGGUGCCUCGGCUCGAGCGUGUGGGGCAGGGUGAGGCCUGGCGGGAGGUCUUGAGCAAAAUCGCUGAGGCCUACCCGCAGGCACUCUUCUACCCGCUGCAGGUGCGCAGCGCAAUACCUACAACAGACAGAGACGACAGAGAAAUGCUCACACGUUCCGUUCCCGGCUGAUGUGUGGGUGCAGGUGAGUGCCGAGGCGGCCCCCAAGAGCUCUCUGCUGCAGGAGCUUCUCGCCAUGAUGAGGCGGCAGCGUCCCCUCCUCGUGUCCUUCUCACAAGCCAUCGAGUGCCUCAUGGUGCCCGAACUGCGCGCAGUCGGACUCUUCCUGAAUGAUAUUCUCACACACCUCGCCCUAAUGACCAAGGCCAAGUCGGGAGAUGCCAGGGACAAGGUCAGCCCGGCACACGACAGCCCGACGGCCCAUCCUGGUCACACAAGCAGUAUUUCUGCCAUGUCAUGGGUUCAGGCAGGUGACGAGGCCCGGAGGAAGGAGCUGUGGGAGGGUUUUGUCAAGUCGUGCGCGAUGCCGCAGCAGCACUUCGACCAGAUCGCGGGCCGUGAGGGUGCAGGACUGGGCAACGACCAGCUGGUCUUCUCAAAGGGGCUCAAAACCGUCAGCAAUGCACACGAACAAAGCACCUCCGUGUUCACAUGCCGUCUUCCUGUUCGUUCAUUGCUGCAGAAAGUCGCUAUGGCCCUCAGAGUCCAGUCCCUCCCCUCCUCCCCCUCCGCCCUGCUCCAGACCCUCAGCACAGCAUUCAUGAAGCUCAACCCACACCAGGCACACCAGGUGGUGGACAAACUCAUACGGGAGAUCAACACAGAGAGUCACAAGAAGAAGCUCCAGUACCAGGACAAGCGCAACACAGAGGACGUGUGCGGCUGGCUGACGCGGGGCGACGGGUACUCAGCGGCCCUCGAGAAGCGGGCGUGGGGCGAGCGGAAUGAGCGGGGGCUGCUGGAGGUGCCCGGCCAGUACGGCGCUGGGCUGAGGGCCCCUGACACAACCACCCACGUCAAGGUCGUCAGAUUCGACACUCAGGUGAAGUCCGCCUGCCGGAGGCGAGGCCGCAGCGACUGUCUGUUGUAUCUGUUCGUGUGUGUGUGUGUGUGUGUGCAGGUGCGUGUGUUGGCGUCGAAGCAACGUCCCAUGAAGCUGGUGCUGCACGGCAACGACGAGCGGGAGUACCCCUUCCUGGCCAAGGGGGGAGACGACCUCAGACUCGACCAACGCAUCCAGCAGCUCUUCCAAGCCAUCAACCGGGUGCGCAAGAGCUGCAUGGCAUCCAUCUCUUGUGUGUGGUGUGAAGGCAUGGAUGGCCCUCUUCCCUUCCUCCCUCCCUGCUGCUCAGAUGCUGUCAUCGACGUCGUCUCUGUCAAUCCGCACCUACUCGGUCAUCCCCAUGACCUCCCAGCACGGGCUGCUGCAGUGGGUCUCACAGACAGAGCCGCUCAAGGGUGUCCUGGAGGAGCAGGCCAGGGUGGAUCGACAACGACUUGCCAGCGACGAGAAUGCCGCACAGGACGCCGCGCAAGCCAAGAGCCCGUAUGUGCAGGCCGCUGAGUUCUUCUCGGGCAAUCUGGUCGAUGUGCAGCGGAAGCGGAAAGAGAGAGACCUCGGGGGGCGCAGGGUGGCCAAAUGGAAUGACAUAUACAAGGGCAUAUUCGAGCUGACCCGUCAAGAAAUCCACGAGAACUACAUCAAGACAUGCGAGUGAGCGAGCGAGGGAGGGAGGGAGGGAGGGAGGGAAGGGCACGAGGUGCCAACAUGGAAAAUGACUCUGCUGUGUGUGGUUCCUGCAGGCGUAUGCCGUCCGAUUUGUUGCGGAAGCGACUGUGGGAGUCGAGUCUGACCCCGGAUGCGUUCUUCGUCCUGCGCAAGAACUUCUGCAUCUCACUGGGGGCCUUCAACGCGGCGGCAUAUGUGCUGGGCGUCGGCGACAGGCACCCCGAGAACUUCCUACUCGACACGCAGAACGGCGAGGUCACACAGCAGACACGCAAGCAACAAGAGGCAUGGGAUCCCUCUGUGGUGAAUGCAAUGCCUGUGCUGCAGGUGGUGGGUAUCGACUUUGGCUAUUCCUUCAGCACGGGCAUCCGGAUGCUCCCCAUCCCCGAGCUGGUGCCCUUCCGCCUCACCCCAAACCUCGUCGGAGUGGCCUGGCCCAUCGAGUCCGCCCAGGGCAGCGGCACCCUGCUCAACACACUCAUCGACACACUCACCGUCAUGCGCGCCGACCAGGCCGCCCUCACCUCGUUGUGUUCGAUCUUCAUCAACGAGCCUCUGGUGGAGUGGCAGCAGAAGGACGGCAAGAGGGACAUGAUGGACGAGGGCGGCGUGGGGGCCGACGGUGGCGAUGGGGUGGAGGGAGCGGGUGUGGCCGUGGCCAAGGGCCGGCUGGAGAUGGUGCAGCGGAAGCUGAGAGGCGAGGCGCCCACUGCCAUACUCAUCGACGAACUCAUGCACACCGUUCCUGUAAGUAAACAACAAGCACACCUGGCUGCAUCAACCAACUGCUUAUGAAUGAGAUACCUUACUGCUGCAGAAUUCUGCUGUUGCCGCCAUGGUGGAGUCCCGCGGCAAGCAGCCGCAGCGGACCAGCAGCAGGGCGGCCUCACACUGGCAGGACCUCCAGGACAUCGUGACGGGCGAGAGGGCCAACUCUCUGCGAUCUGAACUGCUCCGCGACGCCCUCACGAGGCGGCAUAGGGGGCCAUCCGCAGGGACCAAGGGGGCCACAGCGAUGAAUGGCGACGGUGUGACAGGGAAGGGCGUGGUGCUGAGUGUGUCGGAUCAGGCGCGGAGCCUGGUCGAUCUGGCGACGGACAGCAACGUGCUGGGCAGGGCGUUCAUCGGAUGGGCGCCCUGGGUGUGAGUGUGGGGGAUGUGUUGCCUGGCUCGGUGUUUUUAUUUUGGGAUGACGCUUAGAUGAGGAAGGUGUGUAUCUCAUCGCAUCUGCUGUACAUAGCAUAACCUACAUGACCGGCCUUUCCUGGACUGCAAUGAUUGCAAUGAGAUCGCUAUGAGAUCGAUAUGUAUGUGAGACUCGCGAACUGAAAGAAAGAACGAAUGA